AUGGAUCCCUACUCACCAGAAGGAGAGCUAAUAAACAUCCACUCCGCCUUUCACGCCGGCGCCUACCAGCAAGUACUCGACUUCGAUACCUCCUCCUUCUCCUCAGCGAACGCGCUUCCCGUCCGCGUACUCAAACUUCGCAGCCAAAUUGCGCUCGGCCAAGCCAAAGCCGUCUCUGCCGACCUUGCAAGCGAAAAGACACCAGAUCUCGUUGCUGUCAAGCUACUAGCGGAUUUCGAGCAGGGCAAAGAUGUGGUACAGCAGGCAAAGAAGCUAGCAGAGCAGCAUGGACAAGAAAAUUUGAACGUGCAGUUAUGCGUAGGCAUGGUGCUGGAGAGGGCUGGCGAGACGGAGGCAGCGCUUGAGCUUCUGUCAAAACAUCAGGGGAGUUUGGAUGCGGUAGCGCUCAUCGUCCAAAUCCACCUACAACAAAACCGUACAGAUCUCGCGAUAAAAGAAGCACAACGCGCGCGGAAAUGGGCCCAGGAUAGUUUGCUUGUCAAUAUCGCGGAGAGUUGGGUUGGCAUGCGAGAAGGUGGCGAAAAAUACCAAUCUGCAUUCUACGUCUUCGAAGAACUAGCCACGACCUCACAGUCUCAAUCGCCCCACUCCCUCGUUGCACAAGCCGUGUCCGAACUACACCUUGGCCGCCUGCCAGAAGCCGAAGCCGCUUUACAACAAGCACUCUCCAUUGACGCCAACUCCGCUGAUACGAUUGCGAACCUGAUUGUGCUGAAUACACUUCUGGGGAAGAAGGAAGAGGUAGCGGGCUUGAAGGCGCAGCUACAGGCGGCGGAUAGCCAACAUCGAGUCGUGCAAGAUUGGGCUGAGAAGAAGAGUGAAUUCCAAAAGGCAGCGGCAAAGUACAACCCGAAGUUUGAGGUUGCCACGUAG